AACAUCAUAAUAGAUCCCUAAAUGAAUAUGACCUACCUCCACUUAUUAUACCUGAUAAUAACUUAAACGAAUUACCAAGAUUAUUAUUAAAUGAACUGAAUAUAUCAGUAACUGCAGAAGACCUAUCAAAUAUAGAACUCUUAAAUGAAAAUCAAAAAAUUAUAUUUAAUACCGUCAUAGAACAUAUUGAAAAAAAUCAACCUACUACUAUCUUCGUCGAUGGACCUGCAG